AUGAUUCGCUUUGAAACAACAAUUUCUGAUCUUACAAGCCGAUGCGUCUCAUGCUUACCUGAGAACCUCAUUUCGGAAAUACUUCACCGAAUAAACGCCACCACCAAAGACGCCAGAAUGAAGAAACGGGCCGAUCUGCAAAAGGAACUACAGUCUCUUUUGUGCACGGCCAGCGAGAACCUAAUAUCUACGAAGGUUGUUAAUCUUUCGAAAAGGGACUUAUCUUCUACUGAAAUAAGCCUCCUGUCUAAGGGGAUCAGAUUCAGUCACACCGAUGCUGCACCUACGGACUUCCAAGCCGACCUCGAAUCCCUCCUUCUCACCUCAGACAUCCCUGAUGACAUGUGUGCGGACAUUCGCAGUUGCGCCACUGGUCUCCUUCGGCAAAGGAAACAUCAUCAAACCCUAUCGACGGAAGAGGAAAAGGCGUUACGAUCGCUAAAGACAGAUGAAAAAAUAGUUAUUAUGGCUGCUGACAAAGGACGAGCCACCGUUAUCAUGGAUAAGGUUGACUACGUCAACAAGGCAAACCAAAUCUUCGAUGACAGACCCAACGAAAGAGCAAGCCGCGACUAUCAAGAAGCAAGUGAAUGA